CCUACCUCCGCAAAAUUUGGCACUUCGCUGCUUAACGAAACAGCGGCUUUCACAGAACGAUGCCCCGUAGCAAGUCACAAUCAGAAAAUGUGCAGGCGUCGGCAAAGCCGCCAACGCAGUGUUUGAAGACGAAGUCUCUUGCGGGGAAGCGGCUCACCAAUGCCCAGCGUUCAGCAUAUUUCUCACGGAGAGAAGCCGCUAAGGUGUUGCGCACCUUGCUGCAAGGAGACUCUCGACGCCGAGCUGUCGGCUCUAUCAAGUCGUUAGUGUAUGGGCCAUCAGUCAGGAACAAGAGAGCUGUGUAUGCUCUCGUAUGCGAAACUCUCAAGCAUCUUUCCAUAAUAAAGGACGUGUUAGGGGCUUCCAAAGUACUGAACGGAAAAUGGAAGAGACAAGAAGAAUUAGUCUAUAUAGUGACAUAUGACAUCCUGUUCGGACAGGAAGAUGCAUUAGCUGGUGAUGCUGAAAAGUUUCUACUGCUCAGGAAGGAUGCAUUGCAGUCAGCUCUAGCUCGACUUUUAGUGAGAAGGGGAGUAAGAAAUGUGAAUGAGCUAAUUACUCCUCAUGAUGCUAAAAAAUGUCGAUAUGUUCGUGUAAAUACUCUUAAAAUGGAUGUUGACUCUGCCUUACUUGAGUUGGGGAAAAAAUUUGAGGUCCAAAAGGAUGAUUUGAUCCCUGACUUGUUAGUAUGCCCAUCUGGCACUGACUUGCAUGACCAUCCUUUUGUAAAAACUGGAAUUGUGUUUUUGCAGGGUAAGGCAAGUUCCAUGGUGGCUACAUCACUUAGCCCUAAACCAGGAUGGGAGGUAAUUGAUGCUUGUGCUGCACCUGGUAACAAAACUGUCCACCUGGCUGCUCUUAUGAACGGAAAGGGAAAGGUUCAUGCUUGUGAGUUAGAUAAAGAGAGGUUUAGAAUUUUAAAACACACUGUUGAAUUGGCUGGUGCAUCUAAUGUGCAUGUCAUGCAUGAGGACUUCCUUAAUUUGAGUCCAGAAGAUCCAUUGUAUUCAAAGGUUCGUGCAAUACUUUUGGAUCCAUCUUGCUCUGGAUCUGGGACUGCUUUUGAUAGGCUGGACCACCUUUUCCCAUCAGCCAAUGGAGGUACUCUGGAUACUCUUGACUUGGAUAGACUACAAAACCUUGCAAAUUUUCAAAAAAAAGCUUUGGAACAUGCAUUACGUUUUCCAGCAGUGGAGAGAAUUGUAUACAGUACUUGCUCUAUUCACCAAAUCGAGAAUGAAGAUGUUAUCCACUCUCUGCUACCGUUUGCCACAUCUCAUGGAUUUGAACUGGAAACCGUUCUUCCCCAAUGGCCUCACCGUGGUCUUCCAGUUAUGGCUGGAUCUGAAAAUUUGUUGCGAACUGACCUGGUGAAGGAUAAAGAAGGCUUCUUCAUUGCUAUGUUUGCAAGGUCUGGAAAAGAAGAUCAUUCUGUAAAAUCUAUGGGGAUGGAAGGCAGUACUACUCAAAACACAUCUCUUCGAACUAGACCAAGUAGAACAAGGAGACACAUGAACUUGUUCUUCCCAAAAAUGUUUAGAACAAUGUGGUAUGUGAAACAUCACCUCACAACCAAAAAAUAAAAUAAUAAAUGAAUGUUGUAGAAGACUAGAAGUUAUUCUGUUGUAUCAGUAGUAUUUUACAGUUCUUUAUAAUGUGGUACUUUCGAUUUGAAACCAUUCAAAUAUUCGCACUCUUUUGGACCAAAUGGUGUGGUCCUGGAAGUCUGGAACUAGACUGGAACAAGAGGAGCUGAACAGGAAUGAGGCAGCUAAGCCACCCAAGCCUCUGCCCAUUGGGACGGUUCUGAAGCUGGACCAGUAUUAUGCACCAGUAAAUGCUGGGUACAGUCUUGGUUCCGACUUCCGAUACAAACAAUGAUUUCUUUAUCAAUUUUGUUUAUGAGAAUAAUUUGUAUGGGCAAAGCGGGAAAAUUAAGUUAUACUUCUCUUCUCAAACUAAUCUAAUCCCUUGCAGGCUUACAUGUAGAGCCAUCAAUCCUGACACCACACUUAACAGAAUUGACGUUUGUUCCACUGGAGUACUGGACCAGAAGUCCAGAACAGGCUCUAGUUCUGUAUAUAUGUUACUGUGGCUUGAUCCCUGUCUGGUUUUAGUCCCGUAGAGAAAUGACAAUCAAUUUCUUUUACCGAAAAUAACCAACCUUAUUAAUUCAAAUAAUUGUUCGCUACAAAUGAAAUCCAGAAUAACUACAUAAAUAGCUCUUCUAUCCGCAUGUGGAAGGACAGCUCUAGCUAGAACAUGAUCUGCAAUGAUUCGUGGAUUGCAGAUUUGCAGAUACAAUUUGACUGAAUAAUUAGCUUCGAAUUGAAGAGUAUGUCUAAUAUCAUCAAUAAUAAGAUCAAGAUAAGAAUCAUCAGCGCCAUUAUGAAACUAGACAAUUCCACCCUUUCAUAGCCUUGUUCUCUUACCCAACUUAACACUUCUCCAUCUCUGGAUUCUCUGGUGUGGUUAUUGACCAUUUGGCCGUUUAGAGCUCUCACCCUCUUGCUGCAAGCGCGCUUCCCUUGUCAACUUAUUCAGUGUCUUGUCCAUGUUAAUUUUUAAAACACCUACACCCGUUUAACCCAUUUUGCCCUGGAUCCACGUGCUUCAGAAAUGGACUUUGCCAUUGCUUAAGCUGUGCACCAUCCUUGCAAGAUCACAACCCAUUUUUGCCACCUGACUAGCAUUGAAUUCAGUUGCCUUCCAGAUAGGGAUGGAUUUGGGCCGGGUCGGGCCCGGUCGGGCCGCCGGUUCAAGAAUAGUGGGCCCGGGACCGGCCCGAGGGUUGGACGGGUCCGGUUCGGGCCGGGCCACCCGCCCGGGUCACGGGUCGGGUCCGGUUCGGGCCGGGCCGGUUAAUUUUUUUUUUAUAAUUUAUAUUUUAUAGUUUAUAGUUUUAUACGAGUAUUAAAAACAAACUUCAAUUGCAUUUAUUUGAAAUGAAAUAGGAACUACAUUUGAAAAUUAAAACAAACUUUAAGAGAUAAACAUU